AUGUGCUCCUCAACUGAGAAGAAAAUUCAUAACGGUGCCAUGACGCCUGCUCGCCUGAGCUGCUCCGUCCUGUCCUGUAUGUUUCUGCUGCACCUGAGCCUGGCUGCUCCAGGUCAACCCGGGACAUCCAGGGUCGAAGAUACGUCUGAUGAACUAAUCAACCCUUUCCAGUCUGGAGAGGACAGCCACAGGUUGCUCCAAAGUUACAUUGCCUCAAUUUCUAAGGAAGAGGACCAGGGUAAACCAGAGAUCAACUCCUGGGAACAAGGGGUAUUCUAUCUUUUCCAUCUCCAUGACUAUGACCACAGUGGAUUCCUGGAUGGUUUGGAGAUGAUAAGAUUGCUGUCAGACUAUAAUGCUGUUCAUAGGCCUGCUGUUGUACUGUAUGAUAAGAUGGUAUCUUUAGUGGACUUUUUACUGCAAACUCAGGAUCUAAAUCAGGAUGGCCUAUUUACACCAUCUGAGCUGCUCUCUCCCCCAUUGCAACAAACACAGAAUAAAGAGCACCCUGAAGUUGUUCUAGAGCAGAAUGGCCAUACUAAGAAUGAGGUGGCACAAAAAAUAGAACAUGUGGUUGGGGGCAGCCCUGUGUCAGUGGACGAGCAGCACACACCUCACAAAGUACAGGUUCAAACAGGAAAGGACGAGCAGAAAUAA